AUGAAGAGGAGGAAAACAAAAGAGAAGAGAAAAUCAAACAAUCAAUCAUUAGAUUUUACUGGUACCGAAAGCUCAUUGGAGGGAAAUCAGCUGGCAGAAAGUAAAAGACAUCCGGAUGCACUUGUUUUCGAUCUAAGCUCUAUAGUUGCUGCAACUGACAAUUUCUCUCCGACCAACAAACUUGGAGAAUGUGGUUUUGGCUCUGUUUUUAUGGGUCAAUUGUCUAACGGACGACAAAUAGCUGUUAAAAGGUUAUCAAAGAGCUCGGAACAAGGAAUAAAAGAAUUCAAAAAUGAAGUCAUGUUGAUUGCGAAACUUCAACACAGGAAUCUUGUCAAAAUUUUAGGCUGUUGCAUUGAGGGGGAAGAAAAGAUGCUGAUUUAUGAAUACAUGCCCAACAACAGCUUGGACUUCUUAAUCUUUGAUUUCGGCUUGGCUCGCAUAUUCAAAGCAGACCAAAUUCGAGACAAGACAAUCAGAGUUGUUGGAACAUAUGGUUAUAUGUCACCGGAUUAUGCAGCAUUUGGGGAAUUCUCAACAAAAUCAUAUGUUUUUAGCUUCGGUGUCAUAUUAUUGGAGAUUGUAAGUGGCAAGAAGAACAACCAUUCUUACCAGGAGCAUUCUUCCUUGGCAAGAAAACUAGAAUAUUUUCCAUUUGCAUUUUAG